AUGAUAUUUUUGACAUAUCCUCGAUGGAUGCCCAUACAACCAGGGUCUGAUUCGAGCGACAACGACGAUGACGACGACGACGACGACGACGACAAUGACGAGAACGACGACUACGAUGAUCCUAUACAAGGCAAUGUAGUUGGCAACAGUGACUCUGGUGGCUCAGACGGUCUGCCCAUAGAAGACCGUGAAGGCCCUCAGUACGACACAGACCUAGACCCCGACGUACCGGUCCAGUCUACGGAAGGGCCGUCCGAGAACGCGAUCGACAUCCUCAGCGGGAUACUUCAGAGCGACCUUGGUGUCGAUGACGAGAUGGCCGAGAUAAACGAAUAUGACGAUGUCGAGGAUGACACAUCUGAGCCGAUGGAUGCUGAAGACACAGCUGGUGAGGAAGAGGACGAGUUUGAAGAUGCGAUGUUUGAAGACGAUACUGAUCACGAGAGCUCCGAUGGCGAAGUCGAGAUGAGUGACCCCGCCGCUCAGGACCUGCCAUCUUCUCAGUCCCCCGGUGACGAACAUACGAACCUCCCCGCCCUCCCCGCCAUAGUUGGGUUUGGGCGCGCACAAGACCCUUCCUAG